AUGUCCGACUUCACUGUCCGACAUGUUCGACUGUUCUUUUAUUUGUUAAGAUCCCAUUUCACCAACAGACACACGACAGCAGGAUGGGACUUCUACGUUACUUGGAAAGAUGGUUCCUCGAAUUGGAUACCUCUGAAAGAUAUGAAGGAGUCUUUCCCGAUUGAAGUGGCUGAUUACGCAAUAAGCAAGGGCAUCCAAGACGAACCCGCUUUUGCAUGGUGGAUCCCACACGUUGUUCGAAAGCGAAAGCGAUUCCUUGGCAAAGUAAAAUCAAAGUACUGGGAACGUACGCACAAGUACGGAAUACGUAUCCCAAAAUCGAUCAAAGAGGCCAUCGAAAUCGACAAAGCAAAUGGGGACACGCUAUGGCAAGACUCAAUUCAAAUGAAGAUGAAAAACAAUCUAGUCGCUUUUGAAGAAUUUGAUGGAGACGUAGAGAAGCUGAUGGGUUACAAAAAGAUCACGGGACACCUAGUAUUUGACGUGAAACUAGGGGAAAACUUCCGAAGGAAAGCGAGGUACUGCGCUGAUGGACACAAGACUGAAGCACCCGCAGCAUUGACCUACAGUACAGUAGUGUCCCGCGAUUCAGUUCUGAUACUACUAAUGAUAGCAGCACUAAACGGAUUAGACUUGCAAUGCGCGGAUAUUCAAAACGCAUUCCUCACUGCACCGGCAAUCCAAAAGUGCUACCUGGUAGCAGGACCCGAGUUUGGUGAAGAAGAAGGCAAGGCAUUUAUCGUAAGAAGAGCAUUAUAUGGCUUCAAAAGUUCAUCCACAGCAUUCAGAUCACACCUGGCGGAGACUUUGGAGGAUUUGGGAUUCAGCUCAUCAACUGCCGGCCCAGACGUUUGGAUGCGAGCGGCAGUGAAACCUGACGGCGAGGAAUACUACGAAUACAUCCUUUGCUAUGUUGACGACAUCCUAUGUAUGUCGAUGAAAGCCAAAGCAGUGAUGGAAGGAAUUGGAAGGGUAUUCAAGUUCAAGAAAGGAAAGAUUGAACCUCCAGAAAGCUACCUGGGAGCUAGGUUACGAAAGAAGAGUUUGGAUGGACACGACAUGUGGGCAAUGUCAAGGUAUGACUAUGUCGUGGCAGCGGUCAAAAACCUCAAGGAAACGUUAAAGGACAGCCCAAAAUGGAAAGUACCCAAGAAUGCGCCGACGCCAAUGACUAGUGCCUAUGAACCGGAGAUGGAUGGAUCAAGCGAAUUAGGACAAGAAGACCAUACCUACUUCCAAGAGCUGAUUGGGAUAGAGAUUGGACGAGUUGAUAUCGUACUGGAAGUAUCACUCCUGAGCCAGUAUCAAGCAGCUCCAAGGGAAGGACACAUGGAACAAGCAUUGAGGACAUUUGCUUUCUUGGACACCUUCCCAAAAUUGACCCUUUACUACGACUGGAGGACGCCAAACGUAGACUAUUCCAAGUUGAGGUCCUCCAUGGAAGAUUUUGAGGCAUACUACCGAGAUGCGACGGAAGAGAUGCCACACAACACACCCAAACCAAGGGGACAAAGUGUAGGGAGUACUGCCUGGGUAGAUGCUUCACAUGGCGCCAAUAAGAAGACGCGGAAAUCACAUACGGGGUACAUAAUUUUCCUCAAUCGGGCACCUAUCUUAUGGCACAGCAAGCGACAGAAUACGGUAGAAGCGAUUUGGUUCCGAAUUCAUUGCUUUGAAUUCAUGCAUUGA